AUGGAACGUGUGCCUUGCCUCCGCGUGUCGCUUUGUCGUGCACAACAAAUAAGGGAACACCUCCAGUCACGAGAUUUCCUGGAUCGAAGUUUAUGUAUGGUGAAAGAACCUUCUGGAACUGUCCUUCUUCCCAUUUUAAGUUCUUGUUUACCACAAAUGGAUCAAACCUUUCUGAAAGAUGUGACAACAGUUUGGUGCCAGCCAUCUGCGCUGUCCAAGAAGGAGAGACGAAGGAAAAGUGGUAAGCUGGAAGAUGUUUUACAGGAGUUGUUGCAGUCUCAUGGAGAAAUUUGGACAAAGGAGUUGAGGGAGGAUCUGCCUCGCAGCUUCCAGUGGCAUGGAGAUUUAGUCCUGCUGGGGCAAAACUGUUUCUCCCUCCCUCAAUGGAAGAAAAUUGAUCAAAAACUAUGGCACGCAGUUGCAAAAGGCCUGGGAGCUAAACGACUGGCGAGAAUGAGUCGAAUCUCCAGUAAUGGCUUCCGAGCUCCUCAAGUGACUAUCCUGCUGGGAGAGUAUAGUUGGGUCAAACAUGUGGACAAUGGCAUUACGUAUGAGUUUGAUGUCACCAAAUGCAUGUUUUCAGCUGGAAACAUCACAGAGAAGUUGCGGGUUGCCGGAUUUGACUGCAGGGGUGAGACUGUGGUUGAUUUAUAUGCCGGUAUAGGAUAUUUUACACUUCCGUAUCUGGUCCAUGCGGGUGCAGCACAUGUCCACGCCUGCGAGUGGAACCCAAAUGCGAUCGAGGCUCUACGUAAAAAUCUCGUGACCAACAAAGUUCAGGACCGCUGCACAGUUCACCCGGGGGACAACCGACAAAUACAGCUGUGCGACAUUGCAGACCGGGUGAACCUCGGCCUUAUUCCGAGCUCUGAGGACGGCUGGCCGGUCGCCUGCCGCCUGUUGAAUAAAACAACCGGCGGUUUUCUACACAUUCAUCAAAAUGUUACAUCACCAAACAUCAUUGCCACGCAUGCGACGGAUGACACAAAUUCGGGCGGAUCUGUGAGGGGAGCUGACCGGGAGGCAUGGAAGGCCUGGGCUGACAAUGCUGCGAGCCACAUCGCGUGCCUUUUGAGGGAACUCACCGCCACAUUGUGGAAAACAAACAUCCGACAUAUUGAGCGUGUGAAGUCUUAUGCGCCUCGUGUGCAUCAUGUUGUACUGGACUUGGAGUGCAGACCAGCCUAA